GGAGCAGGUAACUGGCCGCGGGGUGCCGUCUCAGCGGUGUGGGGCCGGGGCGCCCUGCAAGUCGUGCGCGGAGACCCCGCGCAGGACCGCGGGGCCCGGAGGGCGCCGGCGGGGUCAGAUUAAUAUUGAAAUUGAAAAUCUGUAUCAAUUGCUGGAUAUAGGAAAUUGAAUGUGAUGGCAACAGAAUUUAUUAAGAGUUGCUGUAGAGGAUGUUUCUAUGAUGAAACAGAAAAGCACAACUUUUCUGUGGAAAGAGACUUAAAAGCAGCAACUUUAAAUAGUCAUACUACUACUGUCUGUAUACCUCCAUUGAAUUCUGUUUCUGUAAAGCCUCAGGUUGGCUGUACUGAGGAUUAUUUACUUUCAAAAUUACCAUCUGAUGGCAAAGAAGUACCAUUUGUCGUGCCUAGGUUUAAGUUAUCUUAUGUUCAGCCUAGGACUCAAGGAACCCCCUCACAUCUGGAAGAACUUGAAGGAUCUGCCAGGGCAUCUUUUGGAGAUCGAAAGGCAGAACUUUCCAGUUCAUCCCAGCAUGGACCCAGCUAUGAUGUAUAUAACCCGUUCUAUAUGUGUCAGCACAUUUCACCUGAUUUGAGUCGGCGCUUUCCUCCUCACUCGGAAGCAACGAGAUUAUAUGGGUCAGUUUGUGAUUUAAGGGCCAACAGACUUCCCAGUUCCCCUGGACUAAGCAGGUCUAUGUUUGAUCUUACAAGUUCAUCUCAGCAGUUCAUGCAGAGACAUGAUUCAUUAUCCAGCGUGCCCAGUAGUUCUUCUUCAAGGAAAAAUUCUCAGGGGAGUAACAGAAGCCUGGAUACAAUCACUCUAUCAGGAGAUGAAAGAGAUUUGGGGAGAUUGAAUGUGAAAGUAUUUUAUAAUUCUUCAGUAGAGCAGAUCUGGAUCACAGUUUUACAGUGCAGAGAUUUUAGCUGGCCCUCUAGUUACGGAGACACUCCUACUAUUUCUUUAAAAGGAAUACUAACAUUGCCCAAACCAGUGCAUUUCAGAUCUUCAAUCAAGGAAGGCUCUAAUACCAUUGAAUUUAUGGAAACUUUUGUGUUUGCUAUUAAACUCCAAAGUCUGCAAACUGUAAGGCUUGUAUUUAAGAUUCAAACCCAGACUCCUAAGAAGAAAACCAUCGGAGAAUGCUCACUAUCACUCAGAACUCUUAGCACACAGGAAAUGGAUUAUUCUUUGGAUGUAACACCACCUUCAAAAAUAUCUGUUUGCCAUGCAGAACUUGAAUUGGGGACUUGUUUUCAAGCAGUAAAUAGCAGAAUUCAGUUACAAAUUCUUGAGGCACAAUACCUUCCAAGUUCAUCAACACCUCUGACUUUGAGUUUUUUUGUGAAGGUGGCAAUGUUUAGCUCAGGAGAGUUGAUUUACAAAAAAAAGACACGUUUACUGAAGGCCUCCAAUGGAAGAGUGAAGUGGGGAGAGACUAUGAUUUUUCCACUUAUACAGAAUGAAAAAGAAAUUCUUUUUCUCAUUAAGCUUUAUAGUCGAAGCUCUGUAAGAAGACGACACUUUGUGGGGCAGAUUUGGAUAAGCGAAGAGAGUAAUAACACUGAAGCAGCAAACCAGUGGAAAGAGACAGUUACAAAUCCAGAAAAAGUUGUUAUCAAGUGGCACAAAUUAAAUCCAUAUUGAAGACUUCACACAUUAAUAGGGUGAAGAACUUGAUACUCUUUUAGAAGACUUAAAAUUUCUAUUUGCUACCAAUGAGAAGAGACAAAUCAUUUGUCAGUUCAUUUAUGGAGGCUAUAAUUGUAGUAUAAAUGGAUCUUUUAGAAAAUUAUAACAAAUAUAGAAUAAAUUAUAUCAGAUAUCCAAAAUAAAGGAAAUGUUUUAAAACUGUGCCAAAAUAGACAAUAAAAUAAAAGGUGGUAUGACUAGGGCAACUAAAUAAAUUAUAAAAUCAAUGAGAAUGUAAACCAUAGGUAGUUGUUGCUAAUACUAUGUUUAUGGGGUUUUUUUUUGUUUUUCAAAAUCUAGUAUGUCAUGGCUCUGUUAGUACUAUUGGGCAUUUAGAAGACUCUACCACUAUUUCAGUGCUAAUCAUUACUGAUUAGAUCUUGACUCCACUAUUUAGCUCUUGCUACAUGUUUUCUCUUAGAAAGCAAAACUGAGCAGAACCACUUCAGCUCCUCUGUUUUUAGGGAAAGUUUGUCCUGUGUUGAUAAUUUCUUGCCCAUAAGGCAUCCCAUUGCUACUUUGUAAGCUAUUUAUCUCCAAGAAACUUCAGAUGUAGAACACUACAUUUUGGCAAGAAUAAACAAAAAUAACAGAGGUUGAAGUUUAUUUGGAAAACCAGUAUACACAUAUACUGAUAAAUUUUCCUCCUUCAAAUACUUUACUCUUUGUUUUAAUUGGAGUUGAAAUAAGACUAUCAUCCAUAUAGCCCAUCCUAAUUAGCAGAAUUAAGUGAGCUUAAAUAACGAAUUCAGUAUUUUAUACAAUCCCUUGUUUUUAGUUUUUUAAAUACGAAUUACUUGUUCUGUAAUCCACAAUAUUAGAGUAUUUUCCCAUGUUUUUCAAAUGAUCAUAUAUGAUAACACUGUAUAGCAAAUAAUUGCUAUUGCAGUUUCUCACAGGUAAUCAUUAGAACUCAGUAUGUCAGGAUAAUUUCAGUUUAGUUGACCAUACAAACCAUGGCCGAAAGAACAGCUGUUAAGAGAAACAGUGCCAACCCUGAUCUUGGAAAAUCUGACUUAUUUUUUGAUAAUGAGUAGACCAAGUUCUGUAUGUUCAUGGCCUUACGUUUUUCUUUCUUACCUUGUCUCACACAUGUCAAGAGAUAGAUGGUGAUAUUUUAGGCUAGAAGUAUACUUUGCUAUAGCUUAAACAUGCCCUCUUUGUUCAGAUCUUAUGUUCUGUGUAUUUCAUUAAGGUUUUUCCAAAUAAACAUUUAAUUGCCCUUUUCCUAGUUAUCAGUUCCUCAAGCUACAAACUAUACAUAACUUUACACAGACUUUGAUUCCGCUGCCUAGAAUUUAUUGUUAUACCAGUGGUGUAUUCUGGUUCUCUCUGACAUUGUGCAUUUUGAAAUAAUUUUUUUUAGAUUUGUGAAAAAUGGCUUAUUGGUCAGUACUCCUAUGGGCUUUUAAGAGAAAUCACUUUGGCAGUAUUUUGAAUUUUUUGAGACAAACAGCAACUAUACAAAAAGAAAUUUAAUAAGAUUUUAAAUACCUAAAACUGCUGUAAAAAUUAAAGUCUAUUUUAGAGCAGUUUUAGGUUCACAGCAAAACUAAGAGGAAGGCACAGAAGGUUUGUGUAUACUUCCUACCUGCACAUGCGCACAGCCUCCCUGUCAACAUCUUGCACCAAAGUGGUUCUUUGUUAAACCUGAUGAACCUACAUUGACAUAUCAUUAUUACCCUACGUCCAUAGUUUAGGAUUCAUGCCUGGUGUUGUGCAUUCUGUGAGUUUUGACAAAACCAUGACAUGUAUCCACCAUUAUAAUAUCAUACAGAGCAGUUUCACUGCCCUAAAAAUCCUCUUGAAAUGCAACUAUUUUUAUAGCCCCCAAAAAAGUAAAUGUAUUGGCUUUUAGAUAAUAAAUAACAGACUUUAUUGUUGUAAAAAAAUUUAAGAUUUUAUUUGAGCAGUUUUUUGUGUUUGCUUUUAAUUCCUAAAUUUACUAUAUGUAGUCAUGUAUUUAACUUUUAGUUAUUUAAUUUCAGUAUUUUUACAGUGUGUGUAUAAUGUGUAACUUGAGGGAAGGCUGUGACUUCCUGAUUUCUUGUGUGUCUUAGACUCUUAGGUAAAUAAAACAAUAAAAAGAAAGUCUUUUCAUGUAGAAGACCUUUCCGGUAGAGAAGUAUUGACACAACUAAGAUCCCAAAUAUCUUAGAGAUUACUUAAGCUUUUUUCAGGUGAAGAGGCACUGAAAACAUGGUAUUCUGGCUGUUUCUUUAAUGCUUUAAGUGGAAAUAUAAAAAGAAUCACAUUCUUGACACACAUAAGACGUCGGAAAUAAAAAAUAAAAAAGAGAUGCUAUGCAAAAACCACUUCUCUUUGUAGUUGCUUAGGUAUUUCUUGACCUUUACCCACUUACAACAAAGAAAGGAACAAAAAUGAUGGUGGGUGACCAAAGAAAGUCAUGGAAGGACUCACGUUGAUCGCUGAUAAUUUGCACAGUACUAAUCCCUAACAGUGUAUUUAUAAACUUUAAGAUUAGUACAGUUAAGUAGCUCCAUGUCAAAAUAUAAUAUCACUAUUCAGCUUUAAUUUGGUUUUCAAUAAUUUUUUUAGCAGAACUCCUAGAAAAGGUAUCACUGAAGUGUAUCAGUUUCAGUUCUCAUCAGACUUUAAAAGGAACCAGUGGGAUUUUUUUUUAUUAAGGUAUCAUUGAUAUACAAUCUUAUGAAGGUUUCACAUGAGCAAUGUUGUGGUUACUACAUUCACCUAUCUUAUCAAGUACCCUGCACUCCCCAUUGCAGUCACUGUCCAUCAGUGUAGUAAGAUGCUCUAGAGUCACUACUUCUCUUCUCUGUGCUAUAUGGAACCAAUGGGAUUUUGAACAUAUGUAACUGGUCUGAAAAUAACCCAAACUGAACUUCUGCUUAAAUACAAUAUAUGAAUUUCUCUGAUACUAAUGUACUGAAACUGUAUGUCCCAGCAAUUGUUUCCAUUGUUUAAUCAAAUAAUUGCUCACUUAUGAAGGCUUUUAGAAAUUUGCAAUAACUUUCAACUUUUUAUAUUGUGGUAGUAAUGGGUAUUUCAAAGAUAUACAUUUCCUUCUGGUGUUAGGGAGGAUAUUUUAGAGAAGUACCAGAGAAAAUACCUGUAUCUACAAUAGUUUCGAGAAUGCUGUUUAGGGUUUUCCUGAGAAACAGAACCAAUAGGAGAUGAUACAUCUGUAUCUAUGUGUAUUUCUUUUUCAAUUAUAUGGAAUUGGCUCAUGUGUUUAUGGAAGCUGAGAAAUCUCACAAUCUGCCAUGCCUACUGGAGACCCAGGAAAGUUAGUAUAACUCAGUCUAAAUCUGAAGGUCAGAGAACCAAAGAAACCAGUGGUGUAAAUCCUAGUCUGAGGGCAGAAGAUGAGAUUAUGUCCCAGCUGAGCAGUGAAGCAGGAAAAAAAAGGUAAUUCUUCCUCCCUCUGCCUUUUGUUCUAUUUAGGCUCUCAACAGAUCGAAGGAUGCCCACCCACAUUCGGGAGAGCAAUUUACUGAGUCCACUGAUGAAAAUGCUAAUCUUGUCCAGAAACACUGUUACAGACACAUCAAGAAACAAAAUGUAAUCUAGGCACACUGGCUGAUCAGGCUGACACAUAAAAUUAGCUAUGACAGACACCUGGUGUUCUCUUGAUGCAUCAGCUAUAAUUCUUGUUCAAAAAAUAAAUUUCAAAUGAAGUUUGGGCUGAAACACUGAGUUGAGCAAAGAAUUAUGGAAAGUAGGUGCAUAUGAAGCACCACAUCCGUUUUGAGAUACAGAUUUAAGAUUUAAAAAGACUUUAGAAGAGUUCAUGUUCCUUCAGCUUCUCACCACAACCUUACUUUUUAACCCAUAUCCAUCUUCCAUUAAGUUAGUCCUUUCUAGUGAAUUCUGAAUCUUGUCUCUCUUCUUUGUCAGGGGUCUCAUUCCAUUUGUUAUGCCUAUUGUCUCCUAUUCCUUGAAGCUCUCCUUCGCUACUGUAUUCUUCCUAUCUCCUUGGAGCAUGCAUGACUGUCUCAAAACAAGAUGGUGAUGUGUCCAAUGGAAGAGCCCAACAGACAUAAUUUUGGGGUUUUCUGUAUUGAUGAAGAAACCUAUGGAAACAUGAUACAAAGCACGAAAAUGCAGCAUGCUCCUGGUGUAUGUACGUCUUCCCAGGUCUCUGGGGUCCCCCCUGAGGCAUGCUCCUAUGAAUGAGUCUGCUUGUGCCUGGUGAAGAAUCCCAGCAGCUGUUUUCAUCCUCACCAGUGUUUAUUCUUUCCUCCCUUUACUUCUCCCCUUGGGCUAUUCAUUCCUAAACAUAGCCCUCAUUUCUGCUUGGUCUGUAGGUGUUAUUAACUGAUAGGAAAGAGUCCCAACAAAUUGCUGAGUAAUUACUAAGAAUUUAAGUGUAAUUAUCUCAAUGAAUGGGAUAAUUAGUUUCUCAGCAUAGCGUCCAUUAGGUCACCUAUGUUUCAGACCUCUUUGCAGUCUACUUCCUUCUUUCACAAGAUUUCUAGAUAGACCUCUCAACCCAUUCUAGAUUUUGUUUUAUUUGGUCUCCUCUUUAUAAUUUCUGAAUUGUUUUCUUCUUAGCCUACUCUUUUCAGUCUUCCAUCCCACCACUCUUCUGGACCUCAUGCUGAAGCCUUAAAUGAUUUUCAGCUAUUUUUUUUCUUUAUUAUUCAUCAACUUUCUUAGCAGUAGAUCUCUCCCACCUUCUUGAAACCACGUUUUCCUUUAGCUUUCACAUCAUUGUACUGUA